AUGUUACCAGCUAAUGUUCAGCCGUAUAUUCCACCAUUGAAGGCUCCGUUACCAACUUUCGAUGGUAAAUACGAAAACUGGUUUGCUUUCAAAAAUAUGUUUGAGAACGUAGUGGAUCGCUAUCACACCGAAACACCAGCCAUCAAGCUGUACCAUUUACGGAACGCAUUGGUGGGAGCUGCAGCUGGCAUUAUCGACCAGGACAUCAUAAACAAUAACGAUUAUAAUGCUGCCUGGAAAACGCUGAAAGAGAGAUAUGAGGAUAAACAGGUCAUAGUCGACAAGCAUAUCGACGCGAUUUUUAACAUGCCAGCAAUGAUCAAAGAAAAUGCGAACGCAUUGCGCAAAAUUAUUGAUACGUGUUGUAAACAUGUUGACGCCCUGAAAAACUUAGAGCUUCCUGUUCAGGGUCUUGGUGAGGUAAUGCUGCUUAACAUUUUAUCGAAAAAACUCGACAUCGAGACGCGAAAGGCUUGGGAACUUAGUCAGACUAAGGGAGAUUUGGCGAAGUACAGUUCUACAAUGGAUUUCUUAAAAGAGCGUUGCCGUGUUUAUGAGAAGAUUAGCCGAUGCAGUAAACCAACCGAAAUUGUGAAACAAAUUCGUCCUAUAGGGAAGGCUGAGCCUAAGAUACAUAGUCUUGUGGCUGCCACUGGGAAGUGUUCGCAUUGUAGAGAAGAUCAUGAGUUGUGGAGGUGUGAAUUAUUCAAAGGCGCAAACCUUAGCGAUAAAUAUGCAUCCCUUCGCAAGAGUGGUUCCUGCUUCAAUUGCCUUGAGAAGGGCCAUAUAACCGGUAAAUGUAAAUCAGAGCAUAACUGUAAAAAAUGUGCUAAACGUCAUCACACGAUACUACAUCCCGAAGACGCACAAUCUACUGAAACUGAAACUAAGACAAAUCCUACAACGAAAAAAGAAGCUCCCAAAGCUAAUUCUGAAGCCAAUACGUCAUCAGCAUCAUCAAACACUACCGGUUCUGUUUUAUGUUCGAACGUUGAAGAUGAACAGGAUACAUUACUGGCCACGGCGGUAGCGACUAUCAUUGGCCCUGGUACUAAAUCAUCAACAUGCGGGGCUGUGAUAGAUUCAGCUUCACAUAAGCAUUUCAUCACCGAGGCACUUGUGUUGAAACUUGGAUUAAAACAGAAGCGAAGCAAUUACACCAUUAUCGGAAUUGGUGGUAACCGAAUGACGAUUCAGUUCAAGGUACACGCUCGAAUCAAAUCCAGAAUAAAGGAAUAUGUUUCACCAUGCUUGGAAUUUUUGGUGGUGAAUAAAAUAACAGGAAAACUUCCAGUACAAUGCAUCGAUCCAACGCGACUGAAGAUUCCUGAUAACAUCGAGUUAGCGGAUCCAUCAUUUAAUGUGCCCGGUCAGGUCGAAAUCCUGAUUGGAUCUGGUUUGUUCUUCAAGUUGAUCAAAGGUGGACAGUUGAAUAUGGAAGAUCAUAUGCCGGCAGUGCAGGAAACUCAGCUCGGUUGGAUUGUUAGCGGUGUUAUUCCAACCAAUCACGUUGGUGUUGGGCAAGCUUUAUGUGGAACUUUAACAGAAAACGAUGUGGGUAAGUUGCUUGAAAAAUUUUGGCAUUUCGACUCUUACGAUGAGAGGCCGGUAAAUGAAUAUUCCUCGGAAGAUUCUUGUGUUGCACAUUUUUUGGAUACACAUCGACGUGAUGAUCAUGGCAGAUUCGUUGUUCGACUGCCUUUCAACUCGGCUAAAGAACAGUUAGGCGAUCCUCGAGAGAUGGCCAAGAGAAGGUUUUUGGCUGUGGAACGACGAUUGGACAGAGAUUUAUCUCUCAAGACGCAGUACAUUGCCUUUAUGAGAGAGUACAAACAGAUGAAUCAUAUGGCAGAAGUUACAGCUUCGGUUGACGAAAUGCCUUCAGAUGCCUUUUACCGCCCACACCACUGUGUGCUAAAGCCAACGAGUACUACCACAAAGUUACGGCUUGCUGAUGACGAGGAACAACUAUAUCCGCUGGCGGCAAAGGCAGUAAAAAAUUCUUUCUACAUCGACGAUAUGCUUUCAGGGGCUGAUUCGGAAGAAGAAGCAAUCGAACUAUUGCAGCAGGUUAGGGAUAUGCUGCAUAGUGGUGGAUUCGAUGUUCAUAAGGAGUGCUCGAAUUUAUCUGCUGUACUGCAAGUGGUACCUGAGGACAAACUAGAAACAAUAAAUAAAAUCGACGAUCCAGAAAUCAAUAUGUUAAUGAAGACGUUGGGAAUCGCUUGGGAGCCAAGGACCGACAACUUUACGAUUUCUUUGCCCAAGAUGUAG